AUGGGAGUUUUACUGAAUGAUGGACCGGGUGAGAUAUUUUUGUCAAAUACAGAAGAAUUAGAAAAAGCCAACCAUCAAACUAGUUUUAAACUUUUUGAUAAAUCCAUGCAUUUGCUAUGGCCGCAAGGCGUUCAACAUGAUAAAGUCUUAUUAUUUUUGUCUGACGCUGCGCCGUAUAUGGUGAAAUCGGAAAAAGCAAUUCGAGCAUUUUACUCAAAGAUGGUGUGUGUAGGUUAG